UUGGCACGGUUUUAGUGAAGGCCAUCGAACACGUUUUGUUAUUAUUAUGAAAAUUCGCUGUGAAUAGUAAAAAAAAGAUCGCAGAACUUAUACAACGAACCAGAUAGAGAGAGAGGCAGAUAGAGAGUGAGAGAGAGUUUAGAACGGUAGAAUUUCCAGAAUGCUUUUGCGAAAACAGAUGCGAUCAGUGCGUGAAAUAACGACGGUCUACCUACAUGUGAUAUUAGUGAACGGCACCAGACGAAUGUACGAUACGCUGAGAGUACGCACAUUAACAACUAAACCGCCCAUAUUGAGUGCACUAACGAGGCCAGCUGCCGGCAUUAAUGGCUGCUCCAAGCCCCAACCAGAUCAGAUGAAACUCACGUUUAGAGAGUUGGUCUUCUCGGCUCGUGGUGCCAUGCCCAGCGAGCAGGAUGCCCGAGAAGAGGAGGAAUACAAUGCCAACAUCGAAGAGCUGACCAAGCUCCAAUCGAACCGGGAAAGCCUACAGAGCCCGAUCAGCACUCGCUGCGAUACGUUGGCAAAUACAUUGAAGUACCUAGAGCGCAGUGGCCUAAACCUGAGCGAUGUGGAGAAACUGUCCGUUAUCCAUGUUGGUGGCACCAAGGGCAAGGGCUCAACUUGCGCGCUGACUGAGUCGAUCUUGCGGCAGUACGGUGCCCGAACGGGCUUCUUUAGCUCGCCGCACUUGGUGUCGACGAACGAGCGCAUACGGAUUGAUGGCGAGCCGUUGGCCAAGGCGAAGUUCACGCGAUUCUUCAGACUGGUCUACGAUCGGCUGCUCUUACACCGGGAGCACGAUCGGGACAUGCCGGCGUUCUUUAUGUUCCUGACCAUUGUCGGGUUUCAUGUGUUCAUCGCCGAGCGAGUGGAUGUGGUGGUGCUGGAGGUGGGCAUAGGCGGUGAGCUCGACUGUACGAAUAUUUUGCGCAACGUGCGCACAGUGGGCAUCACGUCCUUGGCCCUGGAGCACACCCAAGUGCUGGGCAACACCCUGGAGGAGAUCGCCUGGCAGAAGGCUGGCAUCAUUAAGCCGGGCGCCCAUGUCUAUACGGACGUCACACAGCCGGAGUGUCUACAGGUGAUACGCGAUCGGGCAGACGAAAAGAAUGCCCAACUCUUCCAGGUGCCCAACACGGAGGAGCUGUUCAAAAGCAACCACCGUUCCGACCAUCUGGAUACCUGCAACGACUAUGUGCGGCUCAACGGCUCGCUCUCCAUACAGUUAGCCUACGACUGGCUCUGUCAGUCGACGGGCCCGCUGCAUUGCUGCUACCCCACCAACUGGCCACGGCUCACCGACGAGGUGCUGCGCGGCGUCAGCCAGGCCAAUUGGCCCGGUCGCUGCCAGCUGGUGGAGUACGAGAAUAUGCGCGUCCAUCUGGAUGGAGCCCAUACAGUAGAGAGCAUACGCGUCUGCUGUAAUUGGUAUCUGAAGAGCACCAGACUAAGUCGCAAUCCAAGUAUCUUGGUGUUUAAUCGGACAGGUGAUACGGACACUAAGGACUUGCUGCAGGUGCUGCAGCAGUCGUGCAGCUUUGAUAUGAUCUGCUUUGUGCCCAACUUGUCCAGUGCCACGGCCAAAGAUCCCAACCAAACUAGUGUGUGCUACACCGAUGAUGCGCAGCGGGAGCGAGCCAAAUUAAUCGCAGCCACCUGGCAGCAGCUGUGCGAUGCCAAUCAGCAGGUCAAUAAUGGGCGCAUGUAUAAUACGAUCUUUGAUGCAUUUGUCGAGAUGCGUAAACGUUAUCCCGCCCAUAUUGAGGUGGAUGUCCUGAUCACUGGCUCCUUACACUUGUUGGGUGCUGCCAUUUUGAUGCUGAAUGAUUUCCAUUCGGAGGCGAAGCUACCGAAUGGAAGCACCUGAGUGAAAGCACCUGGGUUGCAAUGUAAUUGAAAACUAAUGUAAUAGAUUAUAGACUAGAUAUUUAAUACCAUUUAAUCGUAUGUUUUGUAAACUUCUCUUCCAUCGCCUUGAAAUCUGAGAUUGGCAUGUGGUGUUGCUUAACUAAAGGCCAAAUGGAACUCCUGAAUAGUGAAAUAGUUUCGAUAAUUGGGUAGCUCUGUAAGUAACUGUAACUCUAAAACUCAUUCCCAGCGUUUCCACAAAUGUAAUUGUAUUCCGUAAAUAUCUAAGAAAUAUACGACAAAUAUGACUAA